AUGGGUUCCAGGAUAGUGGCUGACUUUUUGGAAUUGUUGGGCGGUGGUGAGAGGUCUUCUCACAGUGGAGCAGAUCAGUCACUGAUUCAGGGCCACUUUGAUCAAGGCUCCCAUGCUGGACAUACAGGCAUGGACUGGAAAGAGGAAGUGGAGGCCUACCUGAGCAUUGAUGAAACAGGAUCUUUUCGGAAUGAUGGUUUGAAAGCUUCUGAUGUCCUUCCCAUCCUAAAGGAAAAAGUGGCCUUCGUGUCUGGGGGCCGUGAUAAGCGAGGUGGACCCAUUCUGACCUUCCCUGCUCGCAGCAAUCAUGACAGAAUAAGACAGGAAGACCUGCGGAAACUCGUGACCUAUUUGGCCAGCGUGCCAAGUGAGGACGUGUGCAAACGUGGCUUCACCGUCAUCAUCGACAUGCGGGGCUCCAAGUGGGACCUCAUCAAGCCCCUCCUCAAGACGCUACAGGAAGCCUUUCCAGCUGAGAUCCAUGUGGCCCUCAUCAUCAAACCCGACAACUUCUGGCAGAAACAGAAGACCAACUUUGGCAGCUCCAAAUUCAUCUUUGAGACAAGCAUGGUGUCCGUGGAGGGCCUCACAAAGCUGGUGGACCCCUCCCAGCUGACCGAGGAGUUUGAUGGCUCCCUGGACUACAACCACGAAGAGUGGAUCGAGCUGCGGCUCUCCCUGGAGGAGUUCUUCAACAGUGCUGUGCACCUGCUGUCACGCCUCGAGGACCUACAGGAGAUGCUGGCCCGGAAGGAGUUCCCCGUGGACGUGGAAGGCUCACGGCGGCUCAUCGACGAGCACACGCAGCUCAAGAAGAAGGUGCUGAAGGCCCCUGUGGAGGAGCUGGACCGGGAGGGGCAGCGGCUGCUGCAGUGUAUCCGCUGCAGUGACGGCUUCUCAGGGCGCAACUGCAUCCCGGGCAGCGCCGACUUCCAGAGCCUGGUGCCCAAGAUCACCAGCCUCCUGGACAAGCUGCACUCCACCCGGCAGCACCUGCACCAGAUGUGGCAUGUGCGCAAGCUCAAGUUGGACCAGUGCUUCCAGCUACGGCUUUUUGAGCAGGAUGCCGAGAAGAUGUUCGACUGGAUAAGCCACAACAAGGAGUUAUUCCUCCAGAGCCAUACGGAGAUCGGCGUGAGCUACCAGCAUGCUCUAGACCUCCAGACACAGCACAAUCACUUUGCCAUGAACUCCAUGAAUGCUUAUGUCAAUAUCAACCGCAUCAUGUCCGUGGCUUCCCGCCUCUCUGAGGCCGGCCAUUAUGCCUCACAGCAAAUCAAGCAGAUUUCCACACAGCUGGACCAGGAGUGGAAGAGCUUCGCUGCUGCUCUGGAUGAACGCAGCACCAUCCUUGCCAUGUCUGCGGUAUUCCACCAGAAGGCUGAGCAGUUCCUGUCGGGAGUGGACGCCUGGUGCAAGAUGUGCAGUGAGGGUGGCCUGCCAUCCGAGAUGCAGGACCUGGAGCUGGCAAUCCACCAUCAUCAGUCCUUGUAUGAGCAGGUGACCCAGGCCUACACGGAGGUCAGCCAAGAUGGCAAAGCACUGCUGGAUGUGCUGCAGCGUCCCCUGAGUCCUGGGAACUCUGAGUCCCUCACGGCCACUGCCAACUACUCCAAGGCGGUGCACCAGGUGCUGGACGUGGUGCACGAGGUGCUGCACCACCAGCGGCGGCUCGAGAGCAUCUGGCAGCACCGCAAGGUGCGGCUCCACCAGCGGCUGCAGCUCUGUGUAUUCCAGCAAGACGUGCAACAGGUGUUGGAUUGGAUUGAAAACCAUGGUGAGGCCUUUCUCAGCAAACACACCGGGGUUGGGAAGUCCCUGCAUCGAGCCCGGGCCCUGCAGAAGAGGCAUGAUGACUUUGAAGAGGUGGCUCAGAAUACCUACACCAACGCGGACAAGCUCCUAGAGGCUGCAGAGCAGCUGGCUCAGACGGGGGAAUGUGACCCCGAGGAGAUCUACAAGGCAGCUCGACACCUGGAGGUGCGCAUCCAGGACUUUGUGCGCAGGGUGGAACAGCGGAAGCUUCUCCUGGACAUGUCUGUCUCCUUCCACACGCACACCAAAGAGUUGUGGACAUGGAUGGAAGACCUUCAGAAGGAGAUGCUGGAGGACGUCUGUGCAGACUCAGUGGAUGCGGUCCAGGAACUGAUCAAGCAGUUCCAGCAGCAGCAGACUGCCACUCUGGACGCCACGCUCAAUGUCAUCAAGGAAGGCGAAGACCUUAUCCAGCAGCUCAGGUCAGCGCCUCCCUCCCUGGGGGAGCCCAGCGAGGCCAGGGACUCGGCUGUGUCCAACAACAAGACACCCCACAGCAGCUCCAUCAGCCACAUCGAGUCAGUCCUUCAGCAGCUGGAUGAUGCCCAGGUACAGAUGGAGGAGCUGUUCCACGAGCGGAAGAUCAAGCUAGACAUCUUCCUGCAGCUACGCAUCUUCGAGCAAUAUACCAUUGAGGUGACAGCAGAGCUAGACGCCUGGAAUGAAGACUUGCUCCGGCAGAUGAAUGACUUCAAUACAGAGGAUCUGACGCUCGCGGAGCAGCGGCUGCAACGCCACACGGAGCGGAAGCUGGCCAUGAACAACAUGACCUUCGAGGUCAUCCAGCAGGGUCAGGAUCUGCACCAGUACAUCAUGGAGGUCCAGGCCUCAGGAAUUGAGUUAAUCUGUGAGAAAGACAUCGAUCUGGCAGCCCAGGUACAAGAGCUACUGGAGUUUCUCCAUGAGAAGCAGCACGAACUGGAGCUCAACGCAGAGCAGACCCAUAAGCGGUUAGAGCAGUGCCUCCAGCUGCGGCACCUGCAGGCCGAGGUCAAACAGGUCCUGGGAUGGAUCCGCAAUGGGGAGUCAAUGCUCAAUGCCAGCCUGGUCAAUGCCAGCUCUUUGUCUGAAGCAGAGCAGCUGCAGAGGGAACACGAGCAGUUCCAACUGGCAAUCGAGAAGACGCACCAGAGCGCCCUGCAGGUACAGCAGAAAGCUGAGGCUCUGCUCCAGGCCGGCCACUAUGAUGCCGAUGCCAUCCGGGAAUGUGCCGAGAAGGUGGCCCUCCACUGGCAGCAGCUCAUGCUGAAGAUGGAAGACCGGCUAAAACUAGUCAAUGCCUCUGUGGCAUUUUAUAAAACUUCUGAACAGGUCUGUAGUGUCCUGGAGAGUUUAGAGCAAGAAUACCGGAGAGAUGAGGACUGGUGUGGUGGACGAGACAAACUGGGACCAGCAGCAGAGAUGGACCACGUCAUCCCACUCAUCAGUAAACAUUUGGAACAAAAGGAGGCCUUUCUUAAGGCCUGUACCCUGGCACGGCGGAACGCUGAAGUGUUUCUCAAGUACAUCCACAGGAACAACGUCAGCAUGCCCAGUGCCGCCAGCCACACGCGGGGACCUGAGCAGCAAGUGAAAGCCAUCUUGAGUGAGCUCUUACAGAGGGAGAAUCGCGUCCUGCACUUCUGGACCUUGAAGAAGCGACGGUUAGACCAGUGCCAGCAAUAUGUGGUGUUUGAGCGCAGUGCUAAGCAGGCGCUGGACUGGAUCCAAGAAACAGGUGAAUAUUACCUCUCAACACAUACCUCCCCCGGAGAGACCACAGAGGAGACUCAGGAACUGCUGAAAGAGUAUGGGGAAUUCAGGGUGCCCGCCAAGCAAACAAAGGAGAAGGUGAAGCUUCUGAUUCAACUGGCCGAUAGCUUUGUGGAAAAAGGCCACAUUCAUGCCACAGAGAUCAGGAAAUGGGUGACCACAGUGGACAAGCAUUACAGAGACUUCUCCUUGAGGAUGGGAAAGUACCGGUACUCCCUGGAGAAAGCCCUCGGCGUCAACACAGAGGACAAUAAGGACUUGGAGCUGGACAUCAUCCCAGCAAGCCUUUCAGAUCGUGAGGUCAAGCUACGGGAUGCCAACCACGAAGUCAAUGAAGAGAAGCGGAAGUCAGCCCGGAAGAAAGAAUUCAUUAUGGCUGAAUUACUGCAGACAGAGAAGGCGUAUGUAAGGGACUUACAUGAGUGCUUAGAGACCUACCUGUGGGAAAUGACCAGUGGCGUGGAGGAGAUCCCCCCUGGGAUCCUUAAUAAAGAGCAUAUCAUCUUUGGCAACAUCCAGGAGAUCUACGAUUUUCAUAACAACAUCUUCCUCAAAGAGCUGGAGAAGUAUGAGCAGCUGCCUGAGGAUGUGGGACACUGCUUUGUUACCUGGGCAGACAAAUUUCAGAUGUACGUCACCUACUGUAAAAACAAGCCUGAUUCCAACCAGCUGAUCCUGGAGCAUGCAGGCACCUUCUUUGAUGAGAUACAGCAGCGGCACGGUCUGGCCAACUCCAUCUCUUCCUACCUAAUCAAGCCCGUCCAGAGGAUCACCAAGUACCAGCUGCUCCUGAAGGAACUUUUAACUUGCUGUGAAGAAGGGAAGGGAGAGCUCAAGGAUGGCCUGGAGGUGAUGCUCAGUGUCCCAAAGAAAGCCAAUGAUGCCAUGCAUGUCAGCAUGCUGGAAGGGUUCGACGAGAACCUGGAUGUGCAGGGGGAGCUGAUUCUCCAGGAUGCCUUUCAAGUGUGGGACCCAAAGUCACUGAUCCGGAAGGGGCGAGAGCGGCACUUGUUCCUCUUUGAGAUCUCCUUGGUUUUUAGCAAGGAGAUCAAAGACUCUUCAGGACACACGAAAUAUGUUUACAAGAACAAGCUACUGACCUCAGAGCUGGGUGUGACGGAGCACGUAGAAGGUGAUCCCUGCAAAUUCGCCUUGUGGUCUGGGCGCACCCCUUCCUCAGACAAUAAAACAGUGCUGAAAGCCUCCAACAUAGAAACCAAGCAGGAGUGGAUCAAGAACAUUCGAGAGGUGAUUCAAGAGAGGAUCAUUCACCUGAAAGGAGCUUUAAAGGAGCCAAUUCAACUCCCCAAAACACCAGCCAAACAGAGGAACAAUAGUAAGAGGGAUGGAGUGGAGGAUGUUGACAGCCAGGGGGAUGGAAGCAGCCAGCCAGACACCAUCUCUAUCGCCUCUAGGACCUCUCAGAAUACAGUGGACAGUGACAAGGAUGGCAACCUUGCUCCUCGGUGGCACCUGGGACCUGGAGAUCCUUUCUCCACUUACGUUUAG